GGCUUCAUUAUUAUCCUAUGGUAAAGGCUUUCAACUCUUGGAUAGUACUACUCGGUACUUUCACUGCUACUGUGUCUGCAGUUGCACAAUAUGCCAGUACUAUAAGGGCUCCUGCGUACCCCUUAGCAGUACGACAGCCCUAUGUGUCGACCUGGCUUGAAGCUAACAAUUUACCUGGCAGUUGGCCAACAUUUUGGACUGGAAAGACCAAGGGAUGGGAGGGUAUUGUCAGAGUUGAUGGAACAUCUUAUGAAAUACUUGGAGCUGCUUCAACCAAUGCAAAUAUCACUGGGCUAAAAUCAGCAACUCAAAAAUCGGUGACAACAACGCCUACUCAAACCAUUUUCACCUUAGCAGCAGGUCCUGUCAACGUUGUUGUUACUUUUCUGUCUCCCGUGGAAUACAAUGAUCUCCAGCGCCAAUCCAUUCCUCUGUCGUACAUGCUUAUUAGCGUCGCCUCUAAUGACGGCAACUCUCAUUCUGUUCAAGUCUACAGUGACAUCUCCGGUGAAUGGGCAUCUAACGACGUAACUCAGGCUAUCCAGUGGGCCCUUACCGGCGACGGAAGUGUCAACAUAUGGACUUCUCAGCUACAGACUCAGACUCAGUUUGCAGAAAACUCGGACUAUCCUACUUGGGGUCAGGCUGUGUUCGCUGCAUCCACCUCUGCAAAGUACGCUUCGGGACAAGACACUACAAUCAGGAACAGUUUCAUAUCUAGCGGCUCAUUGGGCAACACAAACGACGGCUCCUUCCGAUGCGUUCAGUGCAACUGGCCCGUAUUUGCCUUCUCUUAUAAUGUGGGUACUGUUACCUCCACUGCUUCCGCUCCUGUGGAGUUUGUAAUUGGCCAUGUUCGACCCCAAAAUAUCCAAUUUGAUGGAUCAGCGAUGAAUGCUUACUGGAAGAACUACUGGACUAAUGCCAACGAUAUGGUCAACUUUUUCUAUGGUGAUUUGUCAAACGCACAGACAACUGCCAAUUCUGUUGACACCAAAAUCUUAACUGAUGCAUAUAACAAUGGCGGACAGAGUCAUGCAGAUAUUGUAGCGUUCAGUUUGCGCCAAGCUUUCGGUGGAACAGAGCUAUCCGGUUCGACGAGUGACCCUUAUGCCUUCCUCAAAGAAAUAUCUAGCGAUGGAAACGUGAACACUGUCGAUGUCACUUACCCUGCAACUCCCAUGUUCUACUACCUGAGCCCUGUUUACUUGACUUAUUUGCUUAAGCCUAUUUUCUAUCAAUGUGAGAAUGGGUACUGGUCAAAGCCAUUUGCUGAACACGACGCUGGAUCAAGCUACCCAGUAGCCAGUGGCCAUGCUAACGGCCAAGAAGAGGAUAUGCCUAUUGAGGAGUCAGCAAACGUGAUCUUGAUGGUAGCGAAUUAUAUACUUAACCCAUCAACGGCUUCAAGCGACGCUGUUGCAUAUGCCAAUCAGCACUACAGCAUCCUUUCCACCUGGGCAACAUACCUUUACCAAAACACCUUACAACCAACGAACCAACUCACUACGGAUGAUUUCACUGGAACCACCACUCUCAACUCUGGCCUCGCGCUGAAAGGCAUUCUCGCCAUGGGCGCCUUCUCCAACAUCGCAAAACUUACUGGUCACACGAAUGAUUCUUCGGUCUAUUCAACAGCGGCGCAAGCUUACAUGACCCAAUGGAUUGAUCUUUCACAAAGCGCUGAUAAGUCACAUUUGAUGUUGGAAUACAUCAGCGAUGGUUAUGAAUUCAAGUACAAUGCCUUGCAAGACCGCGUCCUCAAGCUUGGCCUCAUUCCUACCAGCAUCUAUACUGAAGAAGCCAACUAUUACCUUACAAAGGAAACCACUUAUGGAAUUCCAUUUGUUUCCACGCAUACAUACACCAAGUCUGAUUGGGAAAUGUGGACUGCAGCUGCUUUCGGACCGGCUAAUCCCACCCUCUCCAGCCACAUCAUUGCUGACAUUAGCAAAUAUCUGCAAAACACUGCAAGUCGAGUACCCUUUUCCGAUUGGUAUGAUUGCAGUACGGCUGCAAGCGCUGGCUUCCUCGCAAGACCUGUUGUUGGCGGACACUUUGCUAUACUUGCUGCGGCAAAGUCAGGUUCGGGCACUGGCACCAUUUCUACUCCAGGUACUCCUUUUAAGGCCGGAACAUAUACUGUAAAGGUUGGUGGCGGCCGGUCUGGCUGUAAUCAGUAUUUGAGCAGUGCAUCCUGCGGCAGUGACCUUGUCGAUUUCUACGGCUCUGAUGACGGGAGUGGAAGACAGAGAUGGACAUUUGGCCUUGUUUCUGGGCAAACCAACGUAUACACAAUCCAAGUUUCUGGCGGUCGAUCUGGCUGCAACACCUAUUUGAGCUCUGCAUCCUGCGGUAGUGACCUUGUUGACCUCUAUGGUUCUGAUGACGGUUCUGGUAGACAAAGAUGGCUAGCUGUCCCUGUGCCAGGUACAACGAACCAAUAUAACUUCAUGGUCUCCGGCGGAAGAGCAACUUGCGACUUAUAUCUUAGUGGACAUGAUUAGCAUUCAUAUUUUUAAAUUAAAUGAAACUUCUUAUUAGCAGGCACGAUUUUGUGCUCUGCAAUGCUGCUUUCGAUCGAUGCAUGAAGACGGCUAUCCAUAUUAUCACGUUAUUGUGGCCUCGAAUCGCUACCUACAUUUGAAUUUCGACACUUGGUUGUCAUACUUGGCAACAGAAAAAUACGCAAGUUGGGGCUUUGCGUAACAGUUCUGUUCUUGUCCAUUGUUCGAAGGUAUAAAUUCAAUACGCAAGGUAAUACCACCAUCCUUUGUAGUGG